AGUGUGUGAUAAGUAACAGAAGAACUGUGAGGUGCAAAUAUUUUCAAGUAAGUUUAGCCGCUGCAUGCUUGUUUGGUGAAAAAAAGGAAAACGCUUCAAUUGAAAGUGGAGAAAUUACAAGAAUUUUGAAAAGUGUUUUUGAGCUUUGAGGUUUUCAAGUUUUUUCAAACGCCGUGUAUCCACUUCGAUUAAGCAUUUUAAAGUCAUUCAACCGAAGAAGGUGUUUAUUGAAUAUUAUUAUAUAAUUGUGAAUUCGAAAUUCCAAGGAUUGCUGGUAAUUUUAACGGAGACAGUGUAAAGGAAUGUAAAGGAGAUUCUUGCAUUGAAAACAUUAUUUCGAAAAUUUUUUUGCUAUUAAAAUGUCUAGUUAUCGCCCACGAAGAACUCGCAUUUAUGGCGCCAAUUACGAUAUGGGUGAAAGCUCCUACAAAAAGUUACUGGAAAGCAUAGACAAUAAAAGAGGCGUCGGCCGGAGCUCAGAUUCACAUGUUCCUUUGGCUCGUGAAACCAGCUUACCACCGAAAGUGACCUUUUUGCAAGAUGAGGACGACUUUGAUCGCGAAAAAUAUAGAGCCUCACUAAGAGCCAAACUGCAGCUCGACGAUGAGGAUUCCGAUCUUUUUGGCUCCACACUCAAGCAAUCAAAGUUGAGACUUGCAGAAAGAAGUAGAUAUCUGGAUAAUGAAGAUGAAGACAUUUUGGGCUCUACCUACAAACCAUUGAAAUUGAAGGGCUUAGAUGAAUCCAAUGCUGUAGAAUCUUCACUGAAAUCGUCAUUGAAAUAUAGAGCUUCAGCAGAGCCAUUCGAAUCAACUUUGAAGUCAUUGAAAUUGAAUGGUACAGAUGAGUCAGGAUUCGGUGAAAGCAUAAAACAUAGAGCAUUAAAAGCUAUCGAAAGAACCGGCAAAGCGAGGUCUAUCUUGGACGACUUAGAUGAUCAGGAGGCGAGUUCAUUUUCUUCCAGACGUAUUAAAAUCAGAAGUGAGAACGUCAUAAUGGGUGAUACCAGUACCACAACCGAAGCUUCCUCACGCAUGAAAGCUACCAAAGCUCGCCUAGCUGAUCUCGAAUCGGAAAUGUCGUCGAUUAGUGAAAAACAAAGUGAACGGGAAAGGCGUAAAAAUAAUUUAAGAAAAUUAUUGAAUGAAAGCGAAUCUGAUACUUUUAAGGCCAUAGAAAUGUAAUUGUUGUAAUGUUGUGUUAUACGAGUACGUAUUAAAAAAAGAAGAAUUGUGGAAAAUAAAGUGUUUAAGUAAAUGUUAAAGGGAGAUCUAUAAUGGAAA